UAAAAGACCCGACAAAAAAAUUGAACAUCAUAGGCGUGGAUUGGGGAAAAGGUGCUAUCACAUUGAAUUAUUCAAGAGCAGCAGCUCACACCAAAAUGGUUGGAGAAGCUGUGGGGAUGUUUAUAGAAAACGCAGCAAAAGAUAACUUAAUCACAUUAAAUAACAUUCAAUUGGUAGGACACAGCUUAGGAGCGCAUAUAGUGGGUUUUUCGGCCAUACACCUUCAGUCCAAGAACAUCACAUUAUCUUGGUUGACAGGAUUAGAUCCUGCAUUGUCAUUGUUUGACAAACCGUGUAAGAAUCGAAUUUGUUCAGACGAUGCCGAUUGGGUGGAAAUCAUCCAUACCAACGGUGGAACAUGGAUAUACAGGGCCAUAGGAGACGUGGAUUACUAUUUGAACGGCGGCAGAAAUCACCCACAUUCAGCGGACACGCGAGUCAAGGGACUGCACUGUUCGAGUAUAAAGGAGUUAGAGACUUCAGGAUGCAAAACAGAACAUUUUUACUUUGGCCCCAAGCCACAGCCGAGAAUACCCGGAAUAACAUCAAUUUCGACAGUAAAGGUAAGCAAUUGUGAGGGACACACACAAGAGCCACAAGAGCCACAAGAGCCACAAGAGCCACAAGAGCUACAAUUGCUUGACAUAAUUGCUAGUUUAGUAUUUUUAAUAUUGUCAACGUUAUAA